AUGGGGAGAAAAAGAUCCCCAAAAUCUGCUGCUCCAGAAACCCUAAUUUCUGGAAACGAUAAUGGGGAAAAGAGGGGAGGAGGAUUCUUCGCGUGCUAUUUGCUGACGUCGCUCUGCCCUCGAUUCAAAGGCCACACUUACAUCGGUUAUACGGUGAAUCCACGGAGGCGAAUACGGCAGCACAACGGGGAAAUCGGGAGUGGGGCUUGGAGGACGAAAAGGAAACGGCCAUGGGAAAUGGUGCUCUGCAUCUAUGGCUUUCCGACGAAUAUUGCUGCCCUUCAGUUUGAGUGGGCCUGGCAGCAUCCCGUCGAGUCUCUUGCCGUAAGAAAGGCAGCGGUUGGCUUCAAAUCUCUGUCAGGGCUGGCUAAUAAGAUCAAAUUGGCUUGGACCAUGCUCACUCUUCCACCUUGGGAUAGUAUGAGUCUCACAGUCAACUUGUUUUCGACAAAAUACCAAAAGCACAUCUCUGGCUGCCCGACCUUGCCCUCGCAAACACGAACCCGUGUAAGCACCAUGGAUGAGUUGCCCUGUUACAACACAAAUGCUGAAGAAGAAGAUGAUGAUGAUUGUGAUGAAGAGGAAGGAGAAGGAGAUGAUGGUAUUCUUAAUGCCGACGCUACUUCUCUGGGAGCGACAAUAGAAACGGCAAGGAGAAGCAGCCUAGUGCAAGUAGAACAAGAUCUGGGAGAUGAAGAAAAUGGCAACGACAACAAUGUCGAUAAAUCCCCAUCCCCACAAUGGAAUUGGAAUAGGAAUAGGAAUAGGAAUUCGCCUCGGAUCAAUGGAGAAGAUGAUCAUAAUACCGGGCCACAGUCAACAAUGUCAAUUAUCAUUGCCGACGGGUCUCCAAGAACUGACAAGAACCAACAUUCACCCGAGGUCAUCGAAAUCUUCACUCCUUUGUCAUGCUACAACAGAAUCAAUUCAUGCAGCAGCAGCAGCAAAAACAGAGGAGAAGGGCCAACUGAAAUAAUCGAUCUCACUAACUCUCCUUUGUUUGUAUAGUAUCAUAUAGUAAGCAUUUCUUACACACAACAAACAAAGACACCUUUCUAGAAGAUGGUUUGUCAUGAUCAUUGCUACUAGUGAUUGAUUGAAAUGUUUUGCCGUAUACACGUUGACUAGUGUAGUUAGUCUU